CGGAGCGGAGCGGCCGGGUUGAGGCGGGCGCUGCGGAGAAGGGGACCCGGCAGCGCCGAGCCGAGCGGGGCCGAGCUAGAGAUGAACAAUGACCAUAGUUGACAGAGUAUCUGAGUCUUCAAACCCUGCUGCUUGUCAGAAGCAGCCUUGUAGCUCUGUGGUACCCUCUGCUGGAGACAUGGACUCAGCCUCUGCAAGUUGGGGUGCUGUAUCAUCUUUGGAAGUUCCAAAGCACAAGAUCACUUUGGGACCAGUACCUGGUGCUGCAGUUUAUUCUAGUUCAUCUGUACCUGAUAAAUCCAAGCCUUCAGCUCAGAAAGAUCAAUCUAUUAGUGAUGGCAUUGCUCCGCCACAGAAGGUUCUUUUUCCAGCAGAGAAGAUUUGUUUGAAAUGGCAGCAAACACAUAGAGUUGGAGCUGGACUCCAAAAUCUUGGCAAUACAUGUUUCCUCAACUCUGCUCUGCAGUGUUUGACUUAUACACCCCCUCUUGCCAACUACAUGCUUUCUCAUGAACACUCCAAAACAUGCCAUGAACAAGGAUUCUGCAUGAUGUGUACGAUGCAAGCUCACAUUACCCAGGCGCUCUCUAACUCUGGCAAUGUCAUCAAACCUAUGGCUGUCAUCAAUGAUCUUAGACGGAUAGCAAAACAUUUCCGGUUUGGAAAUCAGGAAGAUGCACAUGAAUUUCUACGCUACACUGUUGAUGCUAUGCAGAAAGCAUGUUUGAAUGGAAGCAACAAAUUAGACAGACAUACCCAGGCUACCACGCUCAUCUAUCAAAUAUUUGGAGGGUACUUAAGAUCAAGAGUAAAGUGUAUGAACUGCAAAGGCGUCUCAGAUACCUUCGAUCCGUACCUUGAUAUUACAUUGGAGAUAAAGACAGCUCAGAGUGUAAACAAAGCUCUGGAACAAUUUGUGAAGCCUGAACAACUGGAUGGUGAAAAUGCCUAUAAAUGUAGCAAGUGUAAGAAGAUGGUUCCUGCUUCAAAGAGGUUUACAAUACAUCGGUCUUCUAAUGUUCUUACAUUGUCUCUGAAACGGUUUGCAAAUUUUAGUGGUGGAAAAAUUACCAAGGAAGUGAAAUAUCCUGAGUAUCUGGAUAUUCGACCAUAUAUGUCUCAACCAAAUGGAGAACCAAUCAUUUAUGUUUUAUAUGCAGUCCUGGUGCAUACAGGUUUCAGCUGUCAUGCAGGACACUACUACUGCUAUAUAAAGGCCAGUAAUGGGCAGUGGUACCAGAUGAAUGAUUCUAUUGUGUCCAACAGUGACAUCAGAUCUGUGCUUAAUCAGCAAGCUUAUGUGCUUUUUUAUAUCAGGUCCCACGAUAUGAAAAAUGGAGGAGAACACGCCCAUUCUAUUCAUACACCAGGACAGUCUUCUCCCCGUCCAGUGAUCAGUCAGCGGGUGGUUAAUAGCAGGCAGGGGGCAUCAGGAUUUAUAGGACCACAGCUUCCUCCUCACAUGAUUAAGAAUUCCAGUCAUUUAAAUGGAACUGGAUCACUGAAAGAAACUCCAAGCAGUUCUGUGGCAAGUGCUAGCAAUGUUACCCUAAACAGACCAGCUUCAGCUCCACCUUCAACUUCCAUUCAAAAUUGGACAAUUAACAGACCCACUAUUGCUGAUCCUUCGAAAAAACAGAAAAUCACUAUCAGUAUUCACAAUAACAAAUUGCCUACUCGCCAAACUCUGUCUCAACCCAACCUCCAUAAUUCUUUGGAGAAUCUCAGCAAGCCUGUUCCUUCGUCCACGAUUACGAAUUCCUCUGCAGUAAAGUCUACCUCAAAUGCACCUACGUCAGUUGCUACUAAAGUAUCUAAACAAACAACUCCUAGUGAAUCUUGUUCUAAGCCAUUAAUGAAUGGCAAGUCUAAACUAAACUCUAGUACGUUGGUCCCUUACGGUGCAGAAUCUUCAGAAGAAUCUGAUGAGGAGUCGAAGGGAUUAGUUAAGGCAAAUGGCCACUCAAAAUCUUUUAAUGGAAUUUUGCUUGGAAAUGUAGUUAAUACAUUACAGAACUCUUGUUCUUCCUGUCAAGAUGCUGAAGAGGUUGUAUCCCAGCAUGAACUGCCAAAAAAUGUUACAGUUAAUGGUGCUAUUAGUAUAGAUAGAGAUCCUGAAGAAAAUGGAUUGAAAUUUGAUGAACCUACUUGCCAAGUCAAGCCUGUUAAAUCUACAGAAAUUCCAUUUUCUAAAGUGAAUGGAUUGCAUGGAAAAAUAAUACCUACAGCUUUGCCACCAGUUCCUGAAGAUAGAAUUUUAGAGUCUUUCCGAUAUAACCAGUUGAAAAGCUUGUCAGAGGAAAUAAGUGCAACUGGACUUGAAAAAACUUCUGAAAAUGAUGGUCAUAUAGAAACUUUAGUGAGUGGCAACAAUACUGUUUCCUAUGAGAAGUCUAACAAAGUUCCCGCUAACUUUAGCUGCAAUGUCCAGAAUCCCUUUACUACAUCAGAUGCUGAGAUCAUUUCUACCAAAGAAGAAAUUGCCGAAAGUAUUGUAUCAAAAACUGAUAAUGCACAUUCUGAUAUCAGUGGUCAGUGUAACACUAAGAAAAUAUCCCUGGGAAUUGAUGAUGAAUUCUCUAAACAGUGUGAUCCCAAGGAUUAUGCAGAUAAGAUAAGAGGAAUGCAAGAGGUAAAAAUGACUUUGAAGGAGAGACCUCUGCACAUCAGAGGGUCUGCUGAGACUGCAGAGAAAUUGGGGCAAAGCCCCUUCCUAAAGUCUGACAGUGAAUGUAGUUCUAAAAAACUUGCAGCUCUAAACAUUAUAGAUGAAUGCCAAGAAACAAAGGAGAGUGCUAAUAAUUACACAGAUGUACUACCUACUAAUGACUCUUCUGCUACAAGGUUGGAUGAAGUUUUAGAGAGUCAUUAUUCUAAAGAAAAUGAUGGACUGGAUGGUAAUGAAAUAUGUGAAGAAAAUAAGGAUAGGCAAAAAUUUAAGUCUCAUUCUCCAGUUAAGGAAAGAAAUUGCACCCCCAAAAAAGCUGACAAAGGGCAUUACCGUACUAAAAGAGAGCGCUCUGAAAGUGAAGAGCAGGAGAAGCUAACCAAACGCAAACCAGAUGAUGAUUAUUCCAGAAAAAGGCAAUCCUACAGCAAGGAGAGUAUGAAGCAAGAUCGCUAUAAGCAGGAGCACUGCAAUGGAAAUAAGUACAAACUUACGCAUAGUGAAAGAAACAGCCCUGAUAAUGGCAGAAGUUUAGGAAAAUACACCAAUUAUAGAUCCCGAAGUAGAGGGAAAACUGAUCAGGAGAGGAGUAGAUAUUACCAUUCUAAAAGGGAAAGAUCUUGGAGUAGGGAAAGAUAUUACCAAGAUAUACCAAGGAGAUGGGACAAGUGCAGAUAUUACAAUGAUUAUCAUCCUUCUUAUACAGCAAGAGAUGGUAGAGAGAGAAAAUUUUUUCAUGGGGACAGAGACUAUGACAAAUCAAGUCAGGUUUACAACAGUAGGUCAUACAGGGAUUAUUAUUACACAAGCAGAUGGAAUCAUGAACCAAUAGCUAGAGAGAGAGAGAAACAUCAUUUUGGCAGCUCCAAAAUAGACUUAUAUAAUUGCUCAGCUCCCUCUCAGCACUCUGAAAAAUAUUCCCAUGAAAAAUGUGCAUCCAUGUCUGAAGAAAACAAUUCAAGUUUUGAGAUGUCUUGCCACAAAUAUGAAUAUCUAAAAGACAGAAAAAGAAAAUGUGCUAGUCUAGAAGGUAGUGACAGUGAUAUGGAAAAGAAACACAGAAGGAGUCUGGAGAGUGAGCCACCAGAAGAGCAAAAAGUGAAAAAACACAAGAAGUCAAAGAAAAAAAAGAAGUCCAAAGAUAAACACAGAGAGAAAGAUGAGAGACACCGCCAAGAUUCAGACUUCUCUGGGGCCUGCUCUGAUUCUGACAUCCACAAACAUAAGAAAAAGAAGAAGAAAAAGAAGAAACAUACAAAGAAAUCUGAGGGCUUUAUUGACUAUUUAGAUCCUAAUAUCCAGAAGGCUGCUGGCUCUGAGACUAAGACAUGGGAGAAAAAAGAAUUUCAUUGUACGGAUGACCCUCCAUCUGAAGAAUAUAGUAAACAUGGGAGUAGGCCUCAUGAGGGAGGGGAUGCUGAUUCCUGUCAUAAAACAAAAUACAUAGGAGGAGGCCAGGAAAAUAGCUAUCACGUAUCUAAAGAAUAUAGCAAAGCUAUAGACCUACUUUGUCAUAAGGACCAUGGACACACAGUCAUUAAAUCUUUGGAUGGCAACUUUGCAUACACAGAUGAAACUAGAUGGAAAGUGAGUGAAAAGUAAUCCUUGCAGGAAAAACUCACUAGCCACAGAUUCAAAGUGUGUUGAUGGAAGCCAUCCCUACAGUGUAAACUAUAUUUAUAACAGAAUAAUUAACUCUUCAAUCCAUAACUGGUGCUUCAGAAUACUGUACAGGAUUUUACCAUGGAAGAAUUUUUUAGUUUUUACCUUGAGACUUUUUUUUAAAAUUUACCCAUAAUCAAAAAGGAUGGAAACUUUCUACAACUGCUGAACAUUGUAAAUAUCACACUGAAAAUAAUGCCCUGGAAUAGAACAUCUCAAAUGCUGCUUAAUUACAGACUCAGGUUGAUUGUGUUAUUCAUGUAAUAUUACUCCACGUUAAACUUCUGGUGCAAGCGACUAGAAAACCACAACUGACAGUCUGUAUAUUUAAUUUAAAGACUUAUUUAAAAUUUCACAAGCUUGCAGAUAACUAGAAUCUCUGACAUCUGACACUAGAAACUAAUUUACUUAACACCUUAGCUGUAUUCAAGUUUUGAAGAAAAACUUACAGAAAAGUUCUGGUUUGGAACUUGGUGAAACAUACCACUCAGCAUACACAGUUCUGAAUGUAUCUCCGAGACUAUUUGUAUACCCUCCAUAUGUUUGUUACUUUUUUAUAUAGUGUCACUUGUCCUGACUUAUUGGUCUCAGUUGUCUGUUUUGUCCCUUUAAAGUUACAGACAAAUUCAUACUGUGAUUUUAUUUUUAUUAUGAAAUGCUAUCAAACUGUGAUACUAUAAUUCACUAGUCCUGCAUCAGGAGAUGGAGUGGGGAAGCUGUAUUAAAUACAGUUCAUCUGUAUAAUCUGGUUUAUACAAGCUGUGUUGUUCAGAGAUGUCUAAAGUUUGAUCUUUGUUUUUUUAAAGAUAAAGCACUUGCCCCACUGUAAAUACAUAGCAUGUAAAAUUUAUAUAGUAUAUAAAUACAGGAAAGUCAAAAGAGCUUUUUACACGGUUUACUUCUUGAGUUAUUUAUUCAACUUCUAUCCAUCAGAACGGUGCACUGAAGGGCUGAAAAGCUUAACUGUAGCUUGCCUUAAUGUCAGAUGAUAAAAGGGGGUGUGGUCAAUGCUCAAUUAAACUUGUCCUUGAAAUGAUUGCAUUGAUUCAUGUUAGCAGAGGGGAAUGACAAUUCUUCUAUCUGUUCCUAAUACCAUUCUAUUUUCCACUAAGUUAGGACUGCCUAAGGUGCUCCUGCUGUCCCUGUGGAAGGUCUUAAGACAGAGUGUGUCAUAAAUAAACUUCUGACUCUCCGCACCUUCCCUGUGGCAACAAAUUAUGUAUUUACAUGAAAAGUAAUAGCUCAGUUGUGAGAGAGUAAACUUGUAGCUGCUUGGUUUUGUUCCCCAAGCCUCAUUUUGUACCUUACGCGCUUCUCCAGUAAAGAACUUCGUCUUAGUACAGACUCUCCCCUUAUUAGGAGUGACCGCUCCUACUCAUCUCUCCAGUUUGUCUGUUUUACCUUACUGUGUUUGCUGUGAAUUCAAUUACUUGUUUGGUCAGAAAAGCUUGGAGUUUUAGCUGUUUUCUGUCUUUCAACAUCACUAAAACUGGUCCUUAGAGCGGCUGCUAAAUACCACUAGCCUAGGGUAAAGUUUUUGCAUUCAAGAAUUUUUGGGAGAAAAAAAAUUUAAAUACAGAGUAAGUUUGUGAUCAGGUUUCAUAGGAAACUAUGCAUUUGCCUUUGACCAACUUUGUAAAAUAGCUUGCCAAAGGUAGCUUGCGAAGGAAAACUGAAUUUGAGCACUUCUUUUCAUGUAGAAAACAGACCUGUUUUUCCUGAAAGAUUCUGGAUGAGUGGAGAAUUAGGAGGUUUAAACAGGCACUAACCAACUGAAACCUGAUAAAGGAAGUGAUUUUUGUUCAGAGUAUUAAAGUUUGCUUGGCAGGAAUUUGAGUUUAAUAUAAACACUUAGGGAAGAGAGAUGUCUAUUACAUCUUUAACAUGUACUCUACCUUUUCAGUUAAGGACUGACACCUCUCAGUCUGCGUCUAAAAUCAAGGAGGCUGCAUCCCAUGUCAUGCCUUGCAAUGUCUGAUAUUUCAAAGCAGCUGAAACUUUAAUUCUCUGGCUUUGGAUACACCUACAUUUUCCUUUUCAGGUUCUCUUAUCUGAUUAAAGGAAAAGAGAGGUCAUUCAUCUUUGCACCCUGUCUAUCAAGAGAAGUGAGCAAGCAUUUGCCCUAUUUAAAGCCCCAAAUGAGGCGUCUUCAGGAUAGCACUUACAUGCUUAAGUGGUUUACUGAAUAAUGCCUAGGUCAGAUAUUAACAUGAUGAAAGAAAAUGUCUGGUUUGUAAGGCAGAAUGAGCAAAAGUUAAGUAAUUUAGAGUCACUGUAACCAGAGCUGAGACGGGAAGUUUUGGAUUUGAUAGUCACUUGCAUAGUAACUGCUUUUGGAGUAAGCUAAAUCUUAAUCUCUAUCAACCUCUUAAGCAGUUGGAUCCCUUAUUCUGUACUUUUAUCCUUGGUAAAUGAAAGGAGAUGGAUGGCUGUAUAGUUUCAUACUUUAUUUUAUUUUUCAAAAUGAAAUCUCAGCACAAUUUAAACAUGUCUUACUGGUAAAUGAGCCUAUUAAUAUUUGCAAUGGAUUUACAGAGUCAUAAUAUUACCUCAGACUGACUUGAUACAUAAUUUUCAUGCAAAUUGUGUACAAUGCAUAACAAAUCAAUACAUAGCUGUACAGUAUUUACAUUAACUUGAUACUGAAUUGUAAAUAGAAAUGCUUUCCAACAAAAUAUAGGAAAAAAACUGGUAAACCACAAUUUGUAGUUUUCUCAUCUACAAGAGAUCUAACUUUUCCAGCAAGCAUAUCUAGAUAGAUAUGUAUUAAAAUUUAAAAAUAUGCAUUGCUCUGUAUAUGAAGCAUUAUAAAUGCUGAGUUUAAAAAGGUUCAGUUUUGUACCAUAUGCUUCAAAAGGUUAAGUGACUUACUAAAGAGCUUUUUGUCAGGUUAUGUAGCUUUUAAAUCAGUCCAGCUGAUCUUAAGUAUUAUAUAGACUUUCUUCCCUAGAUAACACUAACUGAAGUUGAAAUUAGUAGUGACCUGGGGCCAGAAAAGUAGCAGAAGCAGCAGUCUAUUGCCAGGAUCUCUGCCUAUUGUCCCCAUGUUGCUUAAUGCGUAGUAUAAAGAAACCUAACCCUGCUAUGACAUGAGAACCUCUUAAGAACUGGAAAAUAGGGAGAUUUUUCAGUACAAACAGGACUGGGGAAGUAACUGCAAUUAGAUUGUUUGUGUUUUUGCUGGCCUAGCCUCAGAAAAAGCAAUGGUGAUUUAGAUGGCUUGCCUUAAGCGCAUCCUAACCUUGAGGGUUUAAGAGAGGGCUUUUCAUCCCCUCAUGGACAGUACCUAAUAUGGCCUAAAUUUUCAUAAACCAUUUUU